ACACUCGGAUUCCUUUUAUAGCGGAUACUUAUAGCGCCUUCGUGUCUCCGCUGCAUCACUGCCAAAACCUUGCCUCUCUCCAACUCCUAAACCCUUCUGCCAAAACCCUGAAAUAACCCUAACCAUGGAAGCUCAGGCGGUGAAAUCAAACCUAGUUCUCAUAUUGGACUACGGUUCACAGUACACCCACCUCAUCACUCGCCGAAUUCGGAGCCUCUCGGUUUUCUCUCUCUGCAUUUCCGGCACGUCCUCGCUAAAAUCCAUCGUGGAGCUGCACCCACGUGUCAUCAUCCUCUCCGGUGGCCCUCACUCGGUCCACGCGCCUAACGCGCCGGUCUUCCCCGAUGGGUUCAUCGAAUACGUUGUGUCCCAUGGUGUGUUUGUGCUGGGCAUUUGCUACGGGUUGCAGCUGAUUGUGGAGAGGCUCGGUGGGGAAGUUAGGGUCGGGGAGAAGCAGGAGUAUGGGAGUAUGGAGAUUGAGGUUGAGAAGGCUUGUGGGUUGUUUGGGUCGAAAAAUGUUGGCGAUAGACAGGUUGUGUGGAUGAGUCACGGCGAUGAGGUGGUGAAAUUGCCAUACGGGUUUGAAGUCCUGGCGCGGAGCCAGCAGGGGGCGGUGGCAGCGUUGGAAAAUCCAUCCAAGCGGUUUUACGGGCUUCAGUAUCACCCCGAGGUUACACAUUCCCCAGAGGGGAUGGAAAUGCUGCGGUAUUUCCUAUUUGAUGUUUGUGGAGUUACUGCAGACUGGAAGAUGGAAGACGUAAUGGAUGAAGAAAUAAGAGUUAUCAAAGGUAUGUUGGGGCCUGAAGAUCAUGUGAUUUGUGCAUUAUCUGGGGGUGUGGAUUCUACAGUUGCAGCCACUCUUGUUCAUAAAGCGAUUGGAGACAGGCUUCAUUGUGUUUUUGUUGAUAAUGGUUUAUUGAGGUACAAGGAAAGAGAGCGUGUGAUGGAAACCUUUGAAAGGGAUCUUCAUUUACCUGUUACUUGUGUUGAUGCAACAGAGCAAUUUCUUAGCAAGUUGAGAGGUGUGGAAGAUGCUGAGAUGAAGAGGAAAAUAAUUGGAAAGGAAUUUAUUUGCAUCUUUGAGGCUUUUGCUCAAGAUCUGGAGCAUAAAGUAGGAAAGAGACCUGUUUACUUGGUCCAAGGAACCUUAUAUCCAGAUGUGAUUGAAUCUUGUCCACCACCUGGAAGUGGAAGAUCCCACUCCCACACUAUUAAGAGCCAUCACAAUGUUGGAGGACUUCCCAAGGACAUGAAAUUGAAGCUCAUUGAACCACUCAAACUUUUAUUUAAGGAUGAGGUUCGUGAAUUAGGUAGGAUCUUGGAUGUUCCUGAGGCGUUUUUGAAGCGCCAUCCAUUUCCUGGGCCUGGCCUUGCAGUACGUAUUUUGGGUGAUGUCACUCAAGGAAAUGCCUUGGAUACCAUUCGCCAGGUGGAUGAGAUUUUCAUUCAGUCAAUCAAAGAUGCUGGACUUUAUGAUUCUAUAUGGCAAGCUUUGGCAGUGUUUUUGCCUGUUAAAUCAGUUGGGGUUCAAGGAGAUCAGAGAACACAUUCUAAUGUUGUUGCACUUAGAGCUGUUACAAGUCAAGAUGGAAUGACUGCAGACUGGUAUUAUUUUGAUCACAAGUUCCUCGUUGAUGUGGUUAGAAAGAUUUGCAAUAGUGUUCGAGGUGUAAACCGAGUUGUUCAAGACAUUACAUCAAAGCCUCCAUCAACAAUUGAGUGGGAAUGAUACCAUGUUAAUGCCUCUGGCUUAGUGGAAAAUGAGUAAGGAUUUCUAUGGCUUUAUAUGGUCAAUUUCAUCUUCCCACUUCAAAGUGAAAUGAAUGCUAGGAAUUUACAAUGUAUUGCAGUCUGUUCUCGUAGCAACCGAUUUUACGUACUUCUUACUUAAUGAUUCUUUGUAUGGAAAAUGUUUUAAACUGUUUCUGAAUUUUUAAUGAUGAAAUAUCAUUCUACUUCCGAGGCA